CUGCUCUCUAUCCAUCAAAACACAGCAACAAUGGGUGCCACCAGGCUUUACACCAAGGGACGCGUGCUCGGCCACAAGCGUGGAAAGCGCAACUCGCGCCCCAACCAGUCGCUCGUUGCGAUUGAGGGUGUUGACACGGCGGAGGCCGCUCGCUCGUACCUCGGCAAGCGCAUCGCCUACGUCUACAAGGCCAAGCGUGAGAUCAACGGCUCGCGUGUCCGCGUCAUCUGGGGCCGCAUCUCGCGCCCCCACGGCAACUCGGGCGUCGUCAAGUCCAAGUUCACCUCCAACCUCCCCGCCAAGGUGUUCGGCGCGUCGUGCCGCAUCAUGCUCUUCCCCUCGAACAUCUAAAAGCGACGUUCGCCAUCUCCCUCACGUCACGUUCUUCUCCUCUCCGGCUGGCGCUGGGGAGGAGAGCCUUGCAUAGCGCAGCCCCAGGGCUCUGGUACGCGAUAAUGUAUUAGGGUCUGCAGAUGCCGCCGACCGUGCUGAGUCAGAAGAUGUCAGGAGGGAGACUAAACGAGGGCGUGCGAGGACAGGAUUGUUGGAGGAUUCUACGGCUUACUGCAGAGCUGACGUGAACCAAAAUGGACUAAAAUGGUGGAGUCUACCAGUUGUGAUUUGUCACAUGUCCUGGACUGUCUGGAUAUGUGCAUUAACCGCGAAGAUGCUGUACAUGUACAAAUAGGGUGGAGAUAUCUCAUGACCUGGUACUGGCAC